AUGAGUUUCAAAGGCUUCCAGAAGAGCAUUGCGCGUGCGCCACAGCAGUUCAAGGUCAAGUUCAAUCUCGGUGAACACACCAAGGACGCCGUCUAUACCGAUGCCGAACGUCGCUUCGACGAGCUGGAGAAGGAAACCAAGAAACUCCACGAUGAGUCCAAGAAAUACUUCGCCGCUAUUAAUGGCAUGCUAAGCCACCAGAUCGAAUUCUCCAAAGCGGUCGCCGAAAUCUACAAGCCUAUCUCCGGUCGCGCCUCCGACCCCACCUCCUACCAAUUCGAAGGAAACGCAGAGGGCAUUCAGGCCUGUGAAGAAUAUGAAGUCAUUGUGCGAGAAUUACAGGAGGCCCUGGCCCCCGAGCUAGAGAUGAUUGACAGCCGUAUCAUCAGCCCUGCGGAUCAGUUGCUCGAGGUGAUCAAGGUCAUCCGCAAGGUUGCCGUGAAGCGAGACCACAAAAAACUUGACUUCGAUCGUCGCAAUGCGACAUUCAAGAAACUCCAGGAGAAAAAGGACAAGGCGCUGAAGGACGAGAAGGCUAUGUACAAGGCCGAGAAUGACGUCGAGCAAGCGACGCAGGAAUUCAACUACUACAACGAUCUGCUGAAGGAUGAGCUGCCCAAGCUGUUCGCUCUCGAAGCCGAGUUCAUUCGCCCCCUCUUCCAGUCCUUCUACUAUAUGCAACUCAACGUGUUCUACACCCUCCACGAACGCAUGCAGGGCAUGAACAUUAGCUACUUCAACCUACAGCUCGAUGUCGAAGAGGCUUUCGAGCAGAAGCGCGGAAAUAUCCAGGAACAGGCGGAGGCUCUCACAAUCGUCCACUUUAAGACCAAGGGGCUCGGUCGUUCCGGGUCGAAACUUGGACCCCCGGGCAAGGGUUCCGACAGCAAGGGCUCCAUCGGUCGUGGCCGUUCGAGCUCAACAGCGACGGAAGACAACCCUCCCCCGCCUUACUCUUCUGCCGGUGUCAGCCCUAGCCCAACAGGCAGCAACUUCUCCUCCGCUGCUAAGAGCAAGCCUGCCCCUCCUCCUCCGAGGGCGAAGCCUUCCCAUCUCAGUAACAAGCAGGUGGAGACCGUCACCGCUCUCUACGACUACGAGGCUCAGGCGCAUGGUGAUCUUGGCUUCUCCGCUGGAGAUGUCAUUGAGAUUGUCCAGCGCACUGAUAACACUAAUGAAUGGUGGUCCGGACGGGUCGCUGGUCGCGAGGGACAGUUCCCUGCCAACUACGUGCAGUUGAAUUAG